AUGGAAGUAGUAUUACAGUUAAACUAUUCAGGAUUAACACAGUUAUCAGCUGACUUCUGUCAAUAUAACAGACAUAUUGAACGUCUUUAUCUAAAACGUAACAAAUUGAAAACACUGCCAAAAGACAUCAGAUGUUUUUGUAAUCUGAUUGAUCUAUAUUUACCAGCCAAUGAGAUUCACAAGCUCCCAGAUGAAAUUGGCUGCUUGAAGAACUUACGAUAUUUAGAUUUAAGUUCCAACUUUUUGAAAUCCUUACCAGCCUCCAUUGGCCAACUGUCAAAUUUAGAGAAGCUCAAUUUGUCCAUCAAUAAUUUCCUUUCUAUUCUUCCAAAUGAAAUUGGCCAACUACAGAAAUUAUUAACUUUCGAAGCAGCCUAUCUCAAUUUGAAGAUUUUUCCUAAACAGCUCUGUGAUUGUAAAAGCUUACAAAAACUGUGUUUAGAUCGAAACUUCAUCAGUUUUAUACCAAAAGAGAUUGUAAAAUUAAAGAAUUUACAAGAUUUAUCAAUGUGUGGAAAUAGUCUUGUGUCUUUGUCUCAUAAUUUAAUGAAACUGAAGAAUAUAAGAGAUAUAUAUGUGGACCAGAAUCCGGCAUUAUUUUCAUAUCCCUACAAACUUCCGGUUACACAUUUGGGAUGUGGACGAAUUGAAUCAGAAGACAACUGUGAUGAAUUUUGUUAUAUGGAUGUUGAAGAAAAUGGUCAGAAGGUUAAAUUGUGUCUGGGUGAUGAUGUAACAAGCUUUGGUCAUCCGGUGUUAAGGCCUAUUCCUCAAUUACUGGAACUUUGCUUUAGAGUUCUUUCAAACUAUAGUUCAGUCGUACUGGAAUCAUUGAAAGAUCAACUACCAAAAGAACUGUUUAUAACGUUAACAUCUCAGACAAGUCUAUGUACAGUAUGUGAAGGUGUGAUAUUUGUUGAUGGUUUUGUAGUUGUUGUUAUUAAGACAGAUCCCCUUGUGAUAUCUGAUGAUAAAGUGAUGUAUGAGACAGUAUUAUGUUGUUCCAAGUCUUGUGUAGAAACAUUUAUCAACGAUUUACCGAGCCAUUAUAGAUUGAUAUACCCAAAACUGCUGGAAAUAACCUAA